CAGGGGGUUUGAGAAAUAAGAAAGCGCCUUCUGAGAAAUAAUACUACAACAAAUGUAAAGAUCUACACCCUCCAGCUGCCGCUCAAAGAAACAAGAGCAAUAAAAUGGCUCAUCGGAUGUCCAAAGAGGAGCUGGAUGAGCAGUUUGAACAGUUUUUGAAAGAGUCUCUUUCAGAUGAUUCAUAUGAAAGUUCGAGAAAACCUAGUAUUCUUGAAAAUAUUGGAAAGCCUAAGAAUAGCAAACUCAAGAAAAAAGAUAAUAUCCCAUGGUGGUCAAACGGAGAUGACUCUGAUGAUGGUGAUUCAACUCUGACAAACCGAAGCUUUCUGAAAUCACAAAGGACAUCCCAGCCCAUCAGAGAAGAGGAAGAAGAUGAUGACGAACACUUAAAAAUGCAGAGCUCAACACAGGACCCAGUAUGUGAAUCAAUCGAUAGGGACAGCCUGGAUGUUGAUGAUUCAGUGGUGGCAUCUGGCCCAAAUCCUGUUCUUCCUGGGAUUGGACUUGACACUUUAGAAGAACAGGAAGAAAAAGAGAGGUUUUUUGCCAAACUCGAAAAAGGAGCUUCAUCUACCAUUGAUUAUUCUAAAUUAAAUAAGGAACUGGAUUCUACUGACUCAUCCCAGUUUACAGCUGUAAUAUGCAAUAAUGAGAAACCAAAAUCAGAACAAAAGAAAAACAUGAUUGAAAGCAAAGAUCUGUCAGGGAAUUACAGCGAAGACUUUGAAGAAGACGCUGAGGUUAAAAGUCCUAAAGUGAGAAAAGAUGAGCAAGCAAAUGAAGAUGCAUGCAGUAAACCCAAUAUAGAUAAUCAAGUUCAAGAAAAAACAGGAGGAAUGCUUGCUAAAGUAAUGCUGCUUGACUCGUUGGAUUCUACGAUAGACACCCAGAAGCUUAUGCAACAAGCAGAACCAGAAACUCUCACACAACAAGUGACUAAUGAAGCCUUGGGGACAGGCAUAUCCAAUGCAUACACAAACAGUGACAUUGAAGCAAUACAUCAAGCUUACCGUAAUAUAGACCAAUCACUAGAAGGCUCGAUUGAGUGCAGUUCUCUUACAGCUAUGGAACAAGCCGGUGCCUCUUUGGGGGAUGUGCCACACUCAAACGAGAAAACUCCUCCAAAAAUGUCCACUGUGGAAUCAGAUAUACGUACUGUAGAUGAACUAAUGCAGCCUAUAAGAGUGAACUCCAGUAAUAGCGAUUAUUCUGAAGUCAAACCUGUCAGCUUACUUAUGCAGACUGACUACGGAUUACUUCAAUACAAGGACAACAAAGCAGCUGGAAAAGUACAGGAGAAACAGAUUUUUGAUUAUUUGCAUGAAUGGAAAAGUGAAAAUGUAGAAUCAAGAAACAACUUUUCACCAUCUGAAAAUGAGUUCUCUGAAAACAAGAAACAUUUGAUUGCUCACGAUUCCCACAGAUUCCCUAAAGGCCCAGGUUAUGCAAAUACUCAUGUAGUGCACCAAGAUAAAGUUAACCGACAAGCUUCACUGGAUCCACAAAGCAUGUUAAACCAUGAUGUUGGCUCACCACAAAGUAAACCGUCUAGUAGGCAGGACAAGAGUCCAACAUCACUUAAUAAGAAACCUCAAAAUCCACAUUAUACACAUGUUAAAAGCUCCGGAUAUGGAAAGGCAAGCACCCAUGUGAAACAACCCAGUCUUAGUGGAAAACUGAAUUCAAAGAAGUCUCCAGCAGAAAAUAAAGGAAAGUCCACUAAUGACGGAAGACUAAAAGGAAUAUUAUCAUCUACAAGAACCAUCAGGUUUGCAGAGAAUACUCCAACUUUUCCAAGAGACAACAGUACAGAGAGUCCUGCACAGCAGUAUUAUCCACAAAAUGACAAUUCACUGAGAAGAACAUCUGAAAUGCAUUUGGGAAAGGAUGCUUUAGCCCAAUCCCCUAAGAGCGGUGACAAAGACCUCCAUGUGCUUGAAAGACUGCAAAGCAUAGAGCUUAAACUGAACAAUGAACGCAUACAGUCAGAAGAUCUCAAAGCAGAGCUCUCAAAAAGAGAGGAAGUGUUUCUUCAGGAACUAGAACAAAUGAAAGCAAAAUACGAGGCAGAACUCAACCAACUCAAACAGGAAAAUUAUACAUUUCAAGCCAAGUUACAUGCAGAAGAAGAAAAAGGGAAGAAAAGGAAUCUCAUUUUUGGCAAUCUUGGGGAACCUGUAACAGAAGAGAAUGUACGUCUCAUACGCCAAGAAAUAGAUGAGCAGGAAACUCUUAUUAAGGGUUAUCAGCAGGAAAACGAAAGACUGUAUCAGCAGGUGAAAGAACUACAAGCAAGAAAUAAGCAAAACGAAGAGCUGAUGUUUCAAGAAAACCAAUCGUUAAAGGCUGAUUUAGUUUCUCUAAGAGAGCAGAUAAAUAAAACAUCUAUGCAUUGUCAACGUGUCCACUAUGACUCUGAUUCCAAGAACCAGAACAAUACAGAAUUGAUGGCAGAGCUACAUGUCCUUCAGAAAAGAGAAACCGCUUUCCUUGAUGAGAUUUCCAGGCACAAGCAAGAGAAGCAGGCUUUAGAAGUGGAUUUGGCUCAGAUGAGGAAGCAGCGGGAUCUUGCGAAAGCUCAGCUCAGUCACACUUCAGGUGAUAAAUCAUAUGAAAUGAAGAUUAUGGAAGAGACUUAUAAACAAGAAAUUAACCAGCUGAACAAAAAAUUGCAGUGGUUUGCAGAGAACCAGGAACUCUUAGAUAAGGAUGCUGGGAGACUCAGAGAUGCAUAUGAUCAAAUAGAGAACCUAACUCUGCAGGUGGAAAGGCUCAGACAUCAAGCCGGUAAUCCAUCUGCACAACAACAAACUCGUCUGAAGGACAGGGCUGCAGAUGCCAAACGGAUUCAAGAUCUUGAACGUCAGGUUAAAGAAAUGGAAGCAAUUAUUAAACGAAGACACCCAAACUCUAUACCUGCACUGAUAUAUGCAGCUGCAGCUGCAUCUGCUACUGAGACAGAUGGCAAAAGCAAUACAGUUGUAUUCUUAGAGAAAAGAAUCCAGAAGUUAGAAGCUGCUCUUGAAAAUAAAGAUGAAGAAGCUAAGAAAAGUUUGAGGAGCAUGGAACAGCAAUUCCAAAAAAUCAAGAUUCAAUAUGAGAAUCGGAUAAAUGAGCUGGAGGGCUUGCGCUCUCAAAGCCUCAAGAAUGAUCCUCUGAAGGAGUUGAACAACACAACAAAACUAAAAGCCCUUGAGCAGGAACUUUCUAUUUAUAAAGAGGCUCACCAAACCACAGUAACAGGCCUUCAAAAAGAAAUAGAUGUUCUUAAGGAAAAAAAUGCUGUUUUAGAAAGCAAAGCAAUGACAAAUGAACAUUGUGCUUCUUUUAACAGUCAGUUAGACAAGGCCUCUGCUGCAGCCAGACUGGCAAAACUCAACCAUGAACUGAUUGCUAAACGUCUAGAGGUUCAAGAGCUUUCAAAAACUGUAGAGAGACUUCAGAAAGAAAGGAUGACUAUGCUAUCUUUAGAUAAAAUAAAAAAUAAAAAAGAACUGGAUAAGGGCAAAAUACAUAGUGUGCCCCUAAAUAAGAGUAGCACGGUAGAGACGUUUCCUGGAACUAUGGAUGAGAAGUUAUAUCAUCCGGGAACAUUUGCUGAUUCUCAUAUAUCUGACAUCCAACAAGAAAAUGACAGACUAAAAUCUGAAGUACAAAGACUGUCUUUAGAGGUGAAGGAACAGAAGACCAGUUUCCAAAAGUCAUUGUCUCAUGUGGAACACACCAUGCAGAGGUUAAAGGAAGAAGCAGAUCAGAAAGUAGCAACACUUAAACGGUCGCAUCAGAGGGAGAUGGAAAAGAUCAUAUGCCAGCAUGCAUUGGAACAUUCCUCAUCGAGGACAGCGCAACUUAGUAACACCAUUUCUACACAAGAGGUCUUAAUAAAACACCUUCAAACCCAAGUGACUGAGCUCCAAAAGGAUAGAGAAGUUCUGUCUGUUUAUCGCAUCCGAGAGGAAGCUCUACAGAAAGAGAUGGCAAGACUCUUCGAGGAAUUUAAAGCGGCAAAGGAAUGCCAGAGUCCUGAAAUGAGACAGUUUUUGGAACUGGAAAAUAAAAUUAAACAUAUGGAACUAAGACAUUCACAAAGAGAACAGGAACUUCAGCAGAUAAUAAUGCAAACUAGACAUACAGUGAGCAUGGAACAAGACAAGGAAGUGGAGAAAUGGAAAAAACUUGUACAUCAUAAAAACGUAGAGCUUAAUAAAUUCAGGUCGGAGUUAGAUGCAAUACUGGAUGUCUUGCGAGUACUUCAGAGACAAGGAGUUGUUAUUCCCAUUUCAACAUCUGAAGGCGCUGUUUGAGAAGUCUACAUGAAAGCAGAAGCCGGGAAUGGAUAUGUUCACCCAAAUCUUACCUGUAGCCCUGGUUUGCACUUUAUUUUUGUGUGUAUAAUAAAUUAUUUUAACAGUACCAGCGUC